AUGGAUACAUGUCCUAUCAUCCACACGCCCCAAGAUGUUGCAAAUCGAUUGCGGAGCAAACUGUUUCCAGUGUUCCAAGCUCGUGGUGUCGAUUUGCAAGUGGAAAUCGUACGAGAUUGGAGCUCCAUUGCUCCAGACCAUGUGACGUUUGAGAAAGCCUUCAAAAUUCGAAAGAUCAAGGAUUCUGGGGAAACACCUGACCCGCUGUUGGUUUGGCCUGGUAUCUUGCAGGGACAAUCGGAUCGGCUACUUCAGGUGGCUAAUUCUACAUCCUUCCUUGAGACUCCCAAGUUUGAUGAUGCCCGAAGGGAUGAGAUACGAUGUUUGAUGAUGGCUAUGAAACGAGAUUUCCCUGAUAUGAAUCGCGCCAUUGCUUGGUACCAAUCACUGCUGGAUAGGGAUCCUACACAAAGCUCCGAACGCUACCCCACUUUGACCUUCCUACGGAAUGUGCCUGAUGAUGGGCCAAGUAUCCAUGACUUUCAAUUGAGGGAUUUGCCUCCACGGGUUCAGCCCCAUAAUUUGCAGGUGGUUGCGGACAAGAACCUUGGCGAUCAUCUCUUUGCAGUCUUUGCUGAUCAUUCCCGCAUGGAACAGGCUAUCAAGUUCUAUGUGAGUGACAGGUUUGGGCCCAUUGCAGGGAAGCCUCAUGCCAACAUCAUGCCGAUCUCUAGCCUGGAUGACUUCUACUUGGGACUGGAGAAGUUUGAUUUCUCAGCUAAUGGGAAAAACGGAUUUUAUCCUUCGAACUGCCAAUUUCAAGCUCACUUUGGCGAAUUUCUGGCUUAUGGUUACAAGCCUAUGGAAUCAGUGAGCGUGAAGUUCAACAACCAGGCGCGUGAUGCCAAGGACUUUUGCAAGAAAGUUGCAAAGAAUGCAAUUGCGAAAUCCAAGGCCACCGGUCGGACGAUGGACACCUAUGUGGCUGCUCACCAGGACAAGUCGAAGAAUGCGUUGUCAAAGGCCAUGGAGGCUAGUUUCGUGGCUUGGGGGGAAGAACUGAAGGCCGACCAAGCUCAGUUCUGUAGUGACUGCCACAAGAGAUCCUGGGAUGCGGUAUCCAAUUACUUGAAAGAGAAACCUGGCGCCAAGAAAGAGGACGCCAGUGAUGAUGAAGCGAAGGUCAAAGUGAAGGAGGACCAGGGAGAUGAGACGGAUGAAAGUGAUGGUGAUGAUGAACGCAAAAACGCUCAUGCUGACUUGGAAGACAUGGUGAGGAAGGUUGCAGGUGGCACUGACUUCAUCCAGAAAGUGGUGGAGGCUAUGCAUGUCCCAACCAUCAAAGCAAAAAUCAUGCUUGAUUUGAAUGCCUACGAUGGCUUUGCAGCUUUGGCCUGUGUGGAGGACAUGUGCAAAGGCAAUGCGGCUGUGUGUGGUUCCCUGUGCCUAGACCACUCAGGGACUGAUUUGAUGUCCAGAGUAUCCAACAAGGUGUACGAGCAUUGCCGCUCUGGUGCCAUAAGUCUCCCGGGGUUUCCGGAUUUCAACCCCAUCAUCCAUGCGUUGAAAUCGCACCAACCAGUGGAACGGCAGAAGUCCUUUCGGGUCUCUGUUCAGCAAAUGGAUCGUUUGGUCGUGCUGCAAAGUCUUGCCCAAAAAUGGUUGGAUACUGAAUCGACCCGGGAGCGUGCUUUGAAGAUCAUUUCCGACCACAAUGAUACCUACAACUGUGAUGGACAAUACUGGUUGGAAGAGAGGAGAGAGGUGUCGGCCUCUGAAAAUGCCAGCAGGGCGGAAGAACAGCCCCGCAAGCGCAUCAAGCUCGAAGCCUUCAGUGAGCAGGACAUCUCGAAGCUUGGGAAUGUGAAAAAAUUCAGCGUGAACAACAGCCUCGAUCUGAUCUUGGCCGGGCAACAUGGAGAUCAACUGUUUGCAUCUUCACGCUCUCGAAACCAAUUUUUCGAAGCAGAAGAAUGUCUUCAGGAUUCCGAGGGACGAUGGAUGAGUUUCUCCGCAAAGAAGGACACUCUGCUGAUCCUCGAAAAGAAAGGCCUGCCGAGUCACAUCAAGUUGGAGAACUUGGAGGUGGCAGUGACCCUUCAGUCGCUGGUAUGCGAUCUGCAGGAUGCAGGGGAAGCCAAAUUGGAGGUAUCGCAUCACAAACUGAAGGAUGAGGAUUGGGUGAGUGUCAAACCACUUGUCUUCGUCAUGGACAAUCCCCCGGAGGAAGGGCUUGAUUGCAGCAGUGGCGAUGGAACCAAAGUUCUGACUCCAAUUCGACCGGUGGCAAUUUUGGGCCAUGAUUUGGAUAUUGGACAGGAGACCGUAAGGCUGAUGUGA